AUGUCUCCAGAGAAAAAUAAGCAGAAGAAAGAGAAGGAGACAGCAAUGCCAUCGAUGGAGAGAGCAAUUAUACAAUCGAUGGAAGUAGCAUUGCAACCGAUCAUUGAUACUACUAUAAUAUCGAAUGUGACGAGUUUUUCUUAUACCGUGGUCCGCACCUUGAAACGGCAAGAGUUUAAUUUCACAUGGAACAUAAUUGAAAAGGGAUUUAAUAAAUCAGCGCCCGGGAAAGAAUAUGAAAUUUCAUACAUCACAAUCAAACAGGCGGCGUCUUUUCUAAAUAAACUCAUUAGGAAAACACCUUGCUUUCAGAGCGAACGCAUACUUAACGGAAGUGGUUUCAAUAUUUAUCUGAAGAAAGAACUUUAUCAAAUUACCGAUAGCAUCAAAGCACGCGGCGUGGUUUACUCUUUGCUACACCUAUCGGAUGAGCAGAAAUGUAAAGGUGUUAUAACAAUCUCAUCUGGCAGCUUUGCAUUUACUCUCUGUCAUUAUGCAUUUCGAUAUGAAAUACCGGUGACGGUGGUGAUGCCGACAACAACAACAGCAAAAAGAGUCCAGAUGUGCCAAGAUGUUCUAUUAGCACGAGUGCUUAUCAGAGGUGGUAACUUACUAGAAGCUCAUCAUGCCGCUUUAGAUAUCGCCAUAAGGGAAGGCUUAUUUUAUCUUGACGGGAACGAUCAUCCAAACAUGAUUAUUGGUCAAGCCACCUUGGGCAUAGAAAUCAUGAACCAACAAAGUAAGAUUGAUGCGGUGCUUUUACCGACGACAAUUGAAGGUUGCGGAUUAACAACAGCUAUUGCAAUAGCUAUUAAAGGGUGCAAUUCAAAAAUAACAGUUAUUGAAGUUCGAGGUACAAGUUUUGAUUUAUUCCAAGACGUGAAGAAACAAACGGAUUUACUUAAUGAAUUGAAUAUUAUUCGUCCGAAAGAGUAUAUAGUGUGUCCUUUAAGAAACAUGCCGCAUUCCGUGAUCGAUAGGUUUAUUUCGGUAGAUCCAAAGUCGAUUCAUUUUGCAUCCAUACAUCUACACAAAAAUGAAUGUUACUACGACUGUUAUGGAGCAAUUGCUUUAGCUGCAAUUUUAUCUGGUCAGCUUGAUGAUCUACACGGAAAAAGGUAA